UUGUCAGAUGAUCAAGCUUCUUCAGCCGCAAACGCUGAUCGCCAAAUAUUUCCUUCGGGGGCACGUGUCGAUCUACGGCCUGGGCAGCCAAUUACAACCAACUGGCACUUCCGUUCUCAGCCCGACUAUCCUGUGGACUUGUAUUUCCUAAUUGACCUAAGCUACACAAUGCGUGAUGAUUUGGAGACGGUGUCUAAGCUCACUGCUGACAUCGCGAGGGAGAUGAGCGGCGUGACGCGCGAUCUGCGCAUCGGCUUUGGCGCAUUUGUUGACAAGCCAUUCUUUCCAUUCGUGGUACCUACUCGCAGCUACUUGUUAAACCCAUGCCAGGGCGUGGGCGAGGAGCAGGUCAUUUGUGAUCCGCCCUUCUUGUUCAAGCAUAUCCUCUCCUUGACCAGUAACUUCGAAGAAUUCCGCAGGAAAACCAUCCUAUCGAGGGUAAAAUAG